UGGUAUAUAAAGGAGUCGCUCUCAUUGGCCAGAGGACAUUUGAACAGAACGGCGUCACGAGGACACUCACAAACGGCGUUCAGAAACGGAACGGUUUCUUUUUUUCCCGUGGCUCCAGAAAACCAAACGGAUAUUUCUCGACUCUUCCAGUCGUGUGCAGCUGGAUCCACUACAACCACAUCCUUCAGAGGGAGCACUUCACCACCCGGAGGGGGAGCUGUUGUGUUAAAUGCCGACGGACAUGGAUCCGUGCCACGUCUUUCUGGAUGGUGUACAGAGAUUCUGAACAAUAAAACUUGAUUUAUACCAUCAAAGUGAUCCAUUUGAUUCUAUUGUUGACGUCACAGCUGUCUUAAUGAACGAGUUUAAUCCAGGUUUUUACAAAUGUAUUUAAGGCCUUAAAUUGGACGUGUAAUGGGCGGAGACUUGUUUGGAAUUCAAACGGGACUUACUCCAGAAACGUCCAGUCCCAGGAAAAGGCUGUCAUUGUUUAAUGACUAAAAAGGAAAAUAAAGCAAAACAAACGGUAAGAGAUCGUAUCAUUUCCGCUGCUCAGCUUGAAGAGGACCGAGCGCAGGCAGAUGACGUCAUGUUACGGCGGCGCAUGUCCCUUAAGUGGGAGAGUAAGUUGUCAUAGUUUCACAGCACUGUGACCCGUGUAUGAACAGAUGAUCAGUUUGGUCGUUCCUCCACUUGGUGGCAGCGUUUUCCUGGUUGUUUCUAUAGGACCGGUAAAGCUGUUGCCGGAAGUGUUUCUUCUUCUACAGCAGUGGUACCGUCUCCAGCCGACCAGUGAAAUUCCUGAUUCAGCUCCGAAUAGCGGGAUGAAAAGCGACGCUGCGUCGAAUGUGGCCAAGGAUCUCAGAGAUGUUGUGAUCAAGAUUGAACCAGAGGAGGAGGAGGUGGAGGAGGAGGUGGAGGUGGAGAUCCAAACGUACCCUGUCCUCAAGAAGCUGUCUGUCAGUCUGACUGAUUGCAGGACGUGGCUGGAGGGGCGGGACUUUCUGUCUUUGGCAGAUAACAGUGAGAGACGGACAUCUCAGUGUCUGACCAACGCAGGCAGAAAGAUGCUCUACUGCCCCCUGUGUGCUAAAGGUUUCUACAAGCAGUCCCACCUGGAGGCUCACCAGAGGAGCCAUGAUGGACUCAAACCCAAUGAGUGCUGGCAGUGUGGGAAGAUCUACCCCAGUGUAAUGAGCCUGGUCGUCCACCAGCAGGUCCACGACCGAAACCACCCCUACCAGUGCUCCUACUGCGACAAGACCUUUGCUCUGAAGAGAGACUGGAAGACCCACCACAGGACCCACUCUGGGACCAAACCCUUCAAGUGCUGGUUCUGUGGUGAUGGCUUCAACCUGCAGGGGGAGCUCCAUGAGCACCUGGACCUGCACAAAGGUGAAAAGUGCUACAACUGCAAAGUGUGCGACAAGAUGUUUGUCUCCUAUCAGGGCUUCAACUUCCACUGCAAGACACACGAGGGCAGGAAGCUGCUGCCCUGUGCCAAGUGCCUGAAGACCUUCAGCAACCCACAGAGUCUGAAGCUUCACCAGGCCACGCACUCCAACAGGAAGCCUCACAAAUGUCACACCUGUGGGAAAGGCUUCAAGCUGCAGGGCGCUCUCCACUGCCACAUGAGGGUGCACGAGGACUUGAAGGCCUACCACUGCACCGAAUGUGGCAAGUACUUCUCCAGCCUCCAGGGUCUGAAACUGCACCACCGCACCCACACCGGCCUGAAGCCGUACCAGUGUGCCCAGUGUGGGAAGAGGUUCACCCAGUCCCCCCACCUGAAGGCCCACAUGGUGACCCACACCGGAGAGAGGCCCUUCCUCUGCACCACCUGCGGCAAGAGGUUCACACAGUCGUCUCACCUCAAGUCCCACAUCACUCUGUUCCACGUGGGCCAGAAGCCGUUCACCUGUGACGACUGCGGGAAGAGCUUCACGAUCGCCCACUACCUGAAGAUGCACCGGCUCAGCCACACCAAGGAGAAACUCUACCAGUGCUCCUACUGUGACAAGGCCUUCUCCUACCACAACUCCUGGAGGGCCCACGAGAGGAUCCACACCGGCGAGCGACCGUUCACCUGCAAGGACUGCGGCCAGAGCUUCAUCACCUCGGGUUCCCUGCUCAGCCACCAGAGGUCCAGACACACCGGGGAAAAGAACCACUACUGUUUGACCUGUGGGGAGUUCUUCUUCACCAGCUCUCUGCUCCGCGUCCACCAGCUGGACCACAGUGGGGAGCGCCCGCACGUCUGCAACUGCGGCAAGAAUUUCAAGACCAAAGGAGUUCUGCGCUACCACCUGAAGAGGUUCACGGGACACCGAGCUGUAGAGACGCUGGUUCUCAACCAGCAACCACUGUGAUGCCGGGGUGUAGUCGUCAGCAGGUGGCACUGCGGCGGCAGUCAGGCCAGAGAAACGCUACAAGUGUUGGUUCCACUUCUUUGAACAUUGUCACAAACGCACUUUUAUAUGCACAAAGUUAGCUUAGCAUUAGCCACAGGGAGGGAGUUCUGCUGCUGUUAAUAGGUUCUUCAGCCCAUACUAUGCAGGAGAAGAGCUGGAUUAGGCCCCGCCCCUUUUGGUCAUGUGAUUGUCUUACUGCUGCUUGAAUACUGUCUGUGCUGGAGGGCAGCCUCGGUCACAUGACUGAACAUGAAAACACUAAUGUUGUGAUUGUUAGCUACAGGCCAAAGAGGUGGGCGGGGCUAAAACCGUGACAACAACACUGUGUGAUGUUCGUCUUCAGUUUCUGUUUUUUUGUCUUCGUUGAACAAACAACACUAACGUUAACAAUAAAAAAGAACAAAACACUGGUCCCUGCUCUGAGACUCUACAACAUUCAAGUCAUUGAAAAGAUGAAUAACCUUGUUAACCUGAAGUGGUCCAACACAACAAAUACAAAUCAAAUGGUUUGAUGUGAUUGGCUCCUGGUUGGAUUCUAAAUAUAUGGUUCCCCCUGUCAUACAGAACACUCUGAUACACACUACUGAAGAAAAACCAUUUAUCCUACGGUCGUUAAACGCACCAUCCCUGCAGAUUAGAGUGGUGAACGCCAGGGGGCAGCGGUUCGGAGGUUCAGGAUUAUUUAACACUGCCGCAACAAAUACACCAGAAUGUUUUC